CACGUCCCCCCUUCCUUCCACUCUUCCUCGUUCCGUUUUCAACCUUCAGCCUAUGUUCUUUUGACUGUGCCUUGGCUUUUCGGCAACGACUUAUUUCGCCAUCCCGACUCCGACUUCCCACACGCCCCAUCUCAUCUUGUGGUCGGUUCCGGCAGCCGACCCAAAAUGCCCCUCGGUUUCGAGCGUCUCAACGAGCGCACUCAACGACCUAAUGCGCUCAUCAACUUCAUCAAGCCGCUCCCUGGCCUGACCUCCCCAACGGCCGAAGCCAUCCUCAACCGCGUCGCCGCAAUCUGCUACCCCUUCAUGAAAAAGCACAUGAUCCUAGUCCAAGCCCUCGAAGAAUUCCCCUUCAACAACGAAUUCGUCGGCCGCAACUUUAACGCUGGAGAAGUCAUACAACUAGUGCUGAGAAAUCGAAAGGGUGAAUGGCUGCCCGAUAGGUGCGUUAUGAUGGUCAUGGUGCAUGAGCUGGCGCAUUGCAAGCAUAUGAAUCACUCGAAGGCUUUUUGGAAGGUGAAGGAUAUGUAUGCAGCGGAUUUGAGAGAGCUAUGGAUGAAGGGGUAUACGGGGGAGGGGUUGUGGGGAAGGGGGCGGGACUUGGCGUCUGGGAGUUUGCUGAGGGGAAGUGUGGGCGUAGCGGAUAUGCCGGAGCAUCUUUGUGGUGGGACGUACCAGAGCAGGAGGAAGAAGAGGAGGCGAGUUGGCAAAGAGAAAGAGACAUUGACCUAUGCCGAGAAGAAGCAAAGGCGUAUAUUGAAGAAGUUCGGUACAGGCGGACAAGCCCUCGGAGCGGAUGACGAUACGAAGAUUAAGCUGGAGGGCGGCGUGACGAAGAAGGGAAAACCAAGGGUCGCUGGGAGUCAGCGCGGUAGAGAACUCAGAGUUGCAGCUGCGCUCGAGCGAUUCGGCGCCGCGAAGAAACAAGAACCCGAGGUCAAGAAAGAAGAAGUAGGCUCCGAGAGCGAGACGGAAGGCGAGUACGAAGGGAUGGGCGAGAAUGAAGCUGCCGUCGAUGUCGAUGGGAAGAGGAUGGUCGACGAGAAGGGGCACGCGUUGGUGAAGGUUUGCGAAGAUGAGGACGAAAACGAUGAUCAUGCCAUGAAGGAAAUGGAGGAAAUACAGGGAUUCCAGAAGCAGAUCGAUGCACUGAGGGUGUCCAACUCACAACCAGAAUUUCGAAGGAGACCUCUACGGGAGACGACUAAAACGACAUUCGCACCCAAGGGGACGGCUGCGAAGCCUCUAGCAACAAACACUAGGGACCUCACCCCCCCAUCUAAACGCUCUUCUUCGACUCAAGUGGACUGCCCAAUCUGCUCUCUUGUCAACGAGGCUGGAUCACUUACUUGUGCAGUGUGCUCCAACGUUCUGAACCCACAUCUGGUGCCCAAUAACUGGAAGUGUAAGAGCACAACGUGCGAAGGUAACGAGUACACCAACUCAGGUGAUGCUGGUGUCUGUGGUGUGUGUGGUUCUUCAAGGUCCGCAGUUUCCUGAGGCUUUGCAGAAAAUGGCGUGCAGAGGUGUUGCUUGACUGAUGACUUGACGGAUAUUGAU